GCCUUUUGUUUUGUUAUAUUAUUUUUGUUUAUUAGUUGAAAGUGGUUAAUACUUUGAAUAUUAAUAUUUUUAUAUGAAUUAGUUCUUGGUGUUAUAAGUAGAAUGUUGUUCUUUAACAGAUUAGCACAGUUCACAUUCAGGAGAUCGAUUCAUAUUACUUCUAAACUAGCCAGCAGCAGCAUGGUUACUGACGGAAAUACAAUACUGGCUGAAAGCCUGAAGAAACAGGGUGUCGAAUAUGUAUUUGGAAUUGUUGGUAUUCCUGUCAUUGAAACAGCAAUGGCUUUCCAAGCUGCAGGAUUAAAAUAUAUUGGCAUGAGAAAUGAACAGGCCGCAUGUUAUGCUGCUCAAGCUGUUGGUUAUCUAACAGGCAAACCAGGAGUAUGUUUAGCAGUCUCAGGACCUGGUCUACUGCACUGCAUUGGUGGUAUGGCCAAUGCACAAGUCAACUGCUGGCCCCUAUUAGUCAUAGCAGGCUCUUGUCCAGAAGACCAUGAGGGUAUUGGAGGAUUUCAGGAAUGGCCUCAAGUGGAUUCUAGUCGUAUGUACUGCAAGUAUGCGGCACGGCCACCAUCUGCCAAGCUGAUCCCCCUGCACGUGGAGCGCGCCGUCCGCCACGCUAGCGUCGGCAGGCCCGGUGUCUCCUAUCUCGACAUGCCCGGCACUUUACUCAAUGCUGAAGUAGAUGAGGACAAAGUGCCAGACUUCUACAGUGCAGAACCUGUGAAGCUAGCUCACCCUAACCCAGCUUUGGUCUCUCAAGCAGCAGAUUUAUUGGCGAAAGCUGAGCGUCCUCUAAUAAUAGUGGGCAAAGGAUCGGCAUAUGGACACGCAGAAGUAGCCAUUACUAACUUAGUGGAAAAAACCAAGAUCCCGUUCCUGCCUACACCAAUGGGCAAAGGUGUGGUACCAGACGAGUCUCAGUACUGCGUAUCGACGGCCCGUACGCAAGCCUUACUGAAGGCGGACGUGAUCUUACUGUUGGGCGCUCGCCUCAACUGGAUGCUGCACUUCGGACAAACGCCCAGAUACGCGCCUGACGUCAAAAUCAUCCAGGUGGAUAUUAGCCCAGAAGAGUUCCACAAUAGCAUUAAAUCCGAAGUGCCGGUGCAUUCAGACAUCAAACCUUUCGUUGAGGCCCUCUCACGUAAUCUGGAAAAAAAGAAAUUCUCGUUGCAAGUCGCUACCAAUAAAUGGUGGCAAACACUACAGCUCAAACAGAAAGCUAACAUCGAGUUUGUUGAGGCUCAAGCUAACGACAAGAGCGUCCCGUUGAAUUACUAUGCAGUUUUCAAGGCCGUACAAGCAAAUAUUCCCCGGGACUCUAUAAUUGUGAGCGAAGGCGCCAACACUAUGGACAUCGGCCGCGGAAUUCUUCUCAAUAACCGACCGAGACAUCGUCUUGACGCUGGCACGUUCGGCACUAUGGGGGUUGGGCCCGGGUUCGCCAUCGCAUCGGCUAUGUGGUGUAGAGACUACGCUCCCGACAAACGAGUCAUAUGCGUCGAGGGUGAUUCAGCAUUUGGAUUUUCCGGUAUGGAAAUAGAAACAAUGUUCCGCUACAAGUUGCCAGUGAUUAUCGUUAUAGUGAACAACAACGGUAUCUACGGUGGAUUCGACAAGGAAACCAUGCAGGAUCUGCAGUCGAGCGGCGAUCCUACUCAGUGCACUCCACCAACCUCAUUGUCUUGUGAAGUCCGUUAUGAAAAGAUGAUGGAAUUGUUUGGUGAGAGCGGUCAUUUCUGUCGCACUGUUGAAGAAAUAGAAGCCGCACUGAAGAAAGCUGUAGCCACUACAGAUAGGCCGAGCAUAAUCAAUAUUGCCAUCAGCCCGCAGGCCAAUAGAAAGCCACAGACAUUCAACUGGCUUACAGAGUCCAAACUAUAAAUAAUAAGACCAAAAAUUAUUUAAAUGGUGCUGAGUUCUAUGCUGUUAUGACAAUUGUAUUAAAAUGUGAUGGGC